AUGUGGUUGUGCUUUGCGCUAGCGGUGGCCGAUAUCUUUCUGAUAUUCUUCCUGUGUCCCGAGUCUAACUUCCGGCGUCCAGAGUGGGAUCUGAUCAGUACUAACGGACUCGACACGACAGAGGCGGAAAAGGCGGACGGCGACAACGAGAUAUUCUUCGAAAAUGUGCCCCCAGAGGCGGGCUAUACUGUGCGCCAGCCCUCCCUGGCGGAUAUGAUCGUGCCAAUCCGCGCCGACCGCGAUCUCAAUUUCUUUCGGGCCAUGGUAGCGCCCCUGCAUGGACUGACCCGGCCAGCCGUGAUUUGGGUGGUCCUCCUCUACGGAUGUGCCCUCAGCCCACAGAUUAUCUUCAUCUUCACUAUGUCCUCCCUCCUGGAAGCGCCCCCCUACCUUUUCUCCUCCGUCGCCGUCGGCCUAAUGGAGGUCGCCGCACUUAUCGGCUUUCUCCUAGCCUGCUAUGGCGGUGGCAUGCUCUCCGACCUCAUCAAUGACCAUAUUGUGCGCCGGCGGGGCUACGGGCAGGUUCGCGCCGAGGAUCGUCUUCUCUCUCUGAUUCCGGGCAUGGCAAUUGGACCCGCAGGCUGCGUGCUACUGGCCUUUUUCUGCCAGAACCAUCUACACUGGGCAGCUAUCGCCGUGGGAUUCGGAAUGGUCUCGUUCGGGUCGGUUUACACUCCCAACAUUGCCAUCACUUACUUGGCGCACCGACAUCAACGGGAUGCAGCGCAGUGCUUGGUGCUGGUUAACGUGGUGAAGAACCUAGUAGCUUUUCUGUUCCUGUAUGAGGCGGUAGAAUGGGUGCAGAGCCAGGGCUAUUUACAGGUUUAUCUGGUGAUGUUUGCACUGGGGGUGGCAACCAUCGCAGGGGCUCUGCCACUUUAUCUCUUUGACGGGAAGCAGUAUGUUGAGUAA